AUGACCAGUAUCGACGGGAACCCUGAUAUAUUCUUGCGCCAUAAAGCUCUAUUGAAAGAGCUCAACUUGAUCAAGAUACAAGAAGAAUACAUAAAAGAUGAGCAACGUCACUUGAAACGAGAAUUGAUUCGAGCACAAGAAGAAGUCAAAAGAAUUAAAUCAGUGCCUUUAGUAAUUGGUCAAUUCUUGGAACCUAUAGAUGAAAAUACCGGUAUUGUUUCAUCAACGACUGGAUCAAACUACGUAGUGCGUAUUUUAUCCACUUUGGAUCGUGAAUUGUUGAAACCAUCAUCGUCUGUUGCAUUACAUCGUCAUUCCAAUGCAUUGGUUGAUAUUUUACCUCCAGAAGCAGACUCUUCUAUUUCCAUUGUUGGAGAAAACGAAAAGCCCGAUGUGACGUAUGCCGAUAUUGGUGGUCUAGAUAUGCAAAAGCAAGAAAUUGUCGAAUCAGUGGAGUUGCCAUUAGAGCAAUCGCAUUUGUAUAGUCAAAUUGGUAUAGACCCUCCACGAGGUGUAUUGUUAUAUGGUCCACCAGGAACUGGUAAGACGAUGUUGGUUAAAGCUGUUGCCAAUGCUACAAAGGCUUCAUUUAUAAGAAUCAAUGGUUCCGAGUUUGUUCAAAAAUAUCUCGGUGAAGGUCCGAGAAUGGUUAGAGAUGUAUUCAGAUUAGCUAGAGAGAAUUCACCAGCAAUAAUUUUCAUUGAUGAGAUAGAUGCAAUUGCGACAAAAAGAUUUGAUGCCCAAACUGGUGCUGAUCGUGAAGUUCAAAGAAUCUUGUUGGAAUUGUUAAACCAAAUGGAUGGGUUUGACCAAACGUCAAAUGUCAAGGUUAUUAUGGCAACUAAUAGAGCCGAUACGUUGGAUCCUGCGUUGUUGAGGCCGGGUAGAUUGGACAGAAAGAUUGAAUUUCCAAACUUGAAGGAUAGAAGGGAAAGAAGGUUGAUAUUCACCACUAUCGCAUCAAAGAUGUCCUUGGCUCCAGAAGUCGACUUGGACUCGCUUAUAAUAAGAAAUGAUCCGUUAUCAGGUGCCGUGAUAGCGGCCAUCAUGCAAGAAGCUGGUUUGAGAGCGGUGAGAAAAAAUAGAUAUAUGAUUUUACAAAGUGAUUUGGAAGAGGCAUACAGUUCACAAGUCAAGACAGGAACUGAGCAUGACAAAUUUGAGUUCUAUAAAUAA